CAGUGCGACGUGCUUUGGGGAAGUUGAUGGCGUUAUAUAAAGGCAAAUAGUUUUUGCCGUUAUCUGUACCCGAUGUGGCAUUAGGAAGCUGGGUUUCUGCCCUGCAGCAUCGUAUGAAUUAAGAGCUGAGCCCCGCUCUUUAGGUCUCUAUUUCCCUCCUGCAAUGUAGGUUUGACUUCUCUGCCUUGUCCCCACGUAAUCCCAGGCCCGGGACACAGGAAGCAGGGACAGACUGAAGAGGAAGCUCUGAAUAAAAGGCUGCUCCUCCUGCAGUCCGGGAUGUGGCAAACACGACUAUUCCUCAUUGCACUCGUUUCUAUUCAGCCAUGCUGUAUGUCUGGAAGGUUCACUUUUCUCCGUCAAAUGUUUAAGGAUGUCAAAGUUUCUACACCCUCACUAGUAGACCCUGGGAAACCCCUCUUUCUCACUCCGUAUCUGGAAUCUGGAGAAAUUGAGAAAGCUAGAGAAUUGAGUUUGGUCAGCCCACGAGAAGGCCCAGUUGUGAAGAGCUACUCUGGUUUUUUGACAGUGAAUAAGACCUACAACAGCAACCUUUUCUUCUGGUUUUUCCCUGCACAGACACUUCCACAGAGUGCCCCUGUAUUGCUGUGGCUUCAAGGUGGCCCAGGAGGCUCAUCAUUGUUUGGGCUAUUUGUUGAACAUGGGCCAUAUGUUGUCACUAAAAAUCUAACAUUGGAAGCACGAAAGGUACCAUGGUCUUCGAAGUAUUCAAUGCUGUAUAUCGACAAUCCCGUUGGCACUGGCUUCAGCUUUACUGACCAUGAUGAAGGCUAUGCACAAAAUGAAGACGAUGUAGGAAGGGACCUGUACAGCGCCCUUAUCCAGUUCUUUCAGAUAUUCUAUGAAUAUCAGCAGAAUGACUUCUAUGCUACAGGAGAGUCCUAUGCAGGAAAGUAUGUGCCUGCAAUUGGUUAUUAUAUUCAUACCCACAAUCCUACUGCUAAAGUGAAGAUCAACUUCAAGGGAAUGGCUAUUGGCGAUGGUCUGAGUGAUCCCGAAGUAAUGUUAGGUGGUUAUGCAGAGUUCAUGUACCAGAUUGGGAUCAUCGAUGAGAAACAAAAGCAGUACAUCCAGCAGCAGACAGACAUAGCAGUGCAUUACAUCCAACAGAAGAAAUGGAGGGAAGCCUUUGAAGUGUUUGAUACUUUGUUGAAUGGUGAUACAACUGAAAAUCCAUCCUUCUACAAGAAUAUCACAGGGUGUGCCAACUAUUACAAUUUUCUGCAGUGCACAGAGCCCUUGGAUCAAAGUUACUUUGGUAACUAUUUAUCACGGCCUGAAGUGAGAAACUCGAUUCAUGUGGGAAAUCUGACCUUCCAUGAUGGAUCAGAAGUGGAGAAAUAUCUUUUAAAUGAUUUUAUGCAAUCAGUGAAGCCAUGGGUAGCCAUAUUAAUGAAUAAUUAUAGGGUAUUGAUGUAUAGCGGACAACUUGAUAUAAUUGUGGCAGCUCCUUUAACUGAACGUUUUCUGCUUACUGUGCCAUGGUCCAGAGCUGAAGAAUUCAAAAAUGCAAAGAGAAACUUUUGGUUCAUCAAUCCCAAUGACACUGAAGUGGCUGGCUAUGUUCGAAACGUUGGUGACUUUUAUCAGGUAAUUAUACGAGGUGGAGGACACAUCUUGCCUUACGACCAACCUGAAAGAGCAUUUGACAUGAUUGACCGUUUCAUAUCCAGAAAAGGACAAUUCCUUUGAAUUGUAUUGUGGAAUCAAAUGUCUCUGAUUUUUAGAUUAUGAUAUCACAUGCUUUAAAUGAGAGGAAAAAGUAUAAGAGCAUGCAGAACUUUACUUUCAUCUCUCGAUAGUAAUUUUAUGCGAGGAGCAGAGACCAGAACUAAUGUCAUUGACCUGGAACAUUAACUUUGCUUCUCUCACCACAGACAAUACAUGUGUUGCUGAGUAUUUCCAGCAUUUUUUUUUGCUUUUUUUUUUAAGGUUUUCAGUUUUAAUUUCAGAUUUUAAGUUUCUGUGGUAUUUUGCUUUUGUAAAAGUAUUAAAAAGUGAUGAUUUGAUGUAAUUUUGAUUUGAUAUAAUUUUUAAUACAAGUUCUUCCAAAACACAAAAUAAAUUGAGAAAUAAAUUAUUUGAUAUUGUUGAUUCAUAAUGUGUGAUAAUUUGAUAUCUGCAUAUGAAAUGUUACCCAAGGGUAACUUCUGUUAAAAUGUCAAUGACCACUUUCUCAAUGGGAGAAAAAAAAAGCAGACUUUGAGUAAACCGAUUUCAGAUUUACAAAGAAGCCUUUUUUUGUGGUUGAAUAUAAGAAUUUAUUUUCUUUUCUUUGGAGAAAGCUAUAUUUGUAAGAAUUAGUCAAUUUAAUCCUUGGUGAUCUGAAACAUCUACCCUCUGUAUUUAUGUUAAAAAAAACUAAUAGAAUGAAAGGAAAUAUUAAGUAGAUGAGAAGAAAACCAUUGAAAGGUGGGAUCUUUUAUCGAUAACCAGGGCUGUAUUUUACUUGCAUAAGGGGAUAUUAAAUAAGCUUAAUAAAUGUUUGUCUUGUUU